GAGCCCUUUUUGCUUUUGUUGAGGGCUUCAGAGUACCUGUCCUUGGAUGCGCUGGUGUAUUCCUUCAGCUCGAUUCAAUGCAUUCUCCCGGCGUCGGCGGUGGAAGAGUACCUGACGGUCGCAUCACUGCUUCCACUGGCCUUCAUCUUGUCUUUGCUGCUCGUGCACUCUGCGUACGUCUGCUGGAGAAGGACUGGUCUGCGCCUGGAUUUGCUUGGAAAGACCGUCGGCUCGUUCUGUAUGCUCUUCCUCAUCUCAAUUCUGUCGUCAAUUCUUGAGCCCUUGUAUUGCAACUCGCAUCCAAGCGGAAGCAGGACCAUGCAAUCCCGUGAUGACGUGCUCUGCAAUUUCCGUGGUGAGCACCUGGAGAUCUGCAUGGUCGCCUUUGUCCUAUGUCAAGUUCCGAUUGCCUUCUUCGCUACCUGUGUUCGGAUUCUCUUUGUCGAUCUUCCGAAGCGAAUUCAAAGGGCUGACGUCAACUUUGUGAAUGCCUGUUCUUUCCUGAUUCUGCGAUACCGCCCGGGUGUAGAGGCCUUCGCGGUUGUUGUCUUGAUCCGGAACGUGCUCGUGACGCUUUCUCCUCUGAUUGCAUCUCAGGCCGGCAGUUUGCUGGUGCUCUGCACGGCCCUGUACAGCACUUUCGGUGGGGUGGCAUUUUGGAUGCCAUGGCGGACGAAGCUGGCUACGUACACGGAUCUGGCGAUGCAUGCCGGCUUGCUGUUGGUCCUGGACAUGGGCAAGUUCUAUGCUCCCACUGUGGAAGAUGGAUACACUUUGAUGACCAUAUGUUUCGUGGCUAGCUGCAUCAUGCUCGUUUGGGGCGUCCUGGUAGUCGUGUCGGCCGCGCAGCGCCGCUGCUCAAAGCAACGGCGCUUCCGCUUCGCCCUCAGCCACCACACGCCCGAGGCGGGGACAUUGGCGCGCUUACUGAAGCUCGAGCUGCAGCAAAGGCACAACUUGCGGACCUUUAUCGGCUCGGAUGAUCUGGCCGAUCUGACGCAGCAUUUCACCUGCAUCGCCCGGGAUGUCGACACACUGGUGGUCGUGGCAGGCCGCGACUUCUUGCUGCAGAGGUGGUGUGUCGGUGAGGUGGUGACAGCUAAGGCCCAUAGCGUUGAGGUUGUGCUGCUUUCUAUACCCGGUUUCGUCAUGCCGGAUCGGCAGUUCAUCGAAGCGUACGAGACUUUCGUGCCGCGUGUUAAGGAGCUUGCUGUCCAUGCAAUAGCUCUUGGACAGAUUCAAGACACACUCACAUGGUUGAGUUCUGUGGAGCGCUUCGACAUGAAUGACUGCGAUCCUGAGAUGCUGACACGUACAGUCGGAUGGCUGGUCAGCAAUGACACCAGCGGUACGAAACGCUCCUCCGUCUUGGAGGCCAGCCGUUCCACAAGCGUUGAACGGACCACGUACCUCGUCCUAGCGGACACGACGCACAUAGAGGCACAGGCCGCAGCUUAUGCCCUCUACAUGGUGCUGGGUGCGAAGAUGUUAGAGCUGUCCUUCAAGGGAUCGCUACGCGUGAUGCGCCCCGGGGAUGGGGAUGCAGCUGACUUUGUGUCUGGCUCGGGCACAACACAAGCGCUGCUGCUCUGCACAGCAGGCUGUCUGGAGGUCCCUCAAAUAGCUUCCUGGCUUCUGCAGCUGGGUCGCCUCCACUCCAGCUGCAUCCUGCCAGUUGUUGCGGAGGACUCCUUUCAAAUCCCUUCCCUCGAUCACAACAAGCUAGCCGGCCUUUCCCUUUGCGACGGGCUGGAUGGCUUGGACGUGAAUCUGUACACCAAGGUCCUGGAGGCUGCCUUCCAUGAGAUUUCGGUGCCUUUCAUGCCCAGGACGAGGGAGGGUUGCAAGAGGCUCGGGAUUGCGGCAACGUAG